AUGGCCACUUUGUUCAUGACGAACGAGGAGCUUGGAAAGAAAGACGACGAUCAUAGACGGACUAAGAUUCCUCCAAUGCGAUCUUCGCAAUGGAACGCCGCUCGGAUUCCUCCUCGUAAGACAUUGAAACGUCUCGCUAUAGCCUUGACGGUCGCCGUCUUCGUCUACCUAUUCGUACACAACAUACCGACAGACAACCCAAUUCGAGACCAUCGACACCCUGUCUAUACACCCGCUCAACACCCCUCGAACGCACCGAAUGUUCCCAAGUUGAAUCCAGAUCGUCCUUGGAAGCCACCAGCAAAGCCCGAGACCGUCAAGCCGAGACCAAAACCUGUCCCUAAAGUCGACAUAAAGCCUGUGUCAGAUGUUGGUUACAGUGGCCCGAUCACGUUUCCAAACCUCGCUGUGUCCUUACAAGCUAUUUACGAGACCCAAGGAACGUCUCCCACAAAUAAGAACAUACUGUUUGCGGCAUCCAGCCCUAAGAGCGCUGCCAAGUUGCUGCCAAUGGCUUGCCAGAUGGGGACCGAGUUGAGGAGCUACGUGCAUUUUGCGCUCAUGAGCAGAAGUGACAUCGACAUGGAAGAGCUCCAGGCUAUCAAUGGCAUCGACCAGUCUUGCCAGAUCAUAUUUCACGACGCCCGUCUGGACAAAUCGACCGAGUCGACCAAGGCACGCCUCUCCAAGGGCGUAGGUCGUGCUUUCCACCAUAUCCAAACAUACAUGCACCCGCAAGCUGUGCUCGUAGAUGCUUCGGGCGAAGAAGAGGAGUAUUUCCUUCCCGCUGCAAGAGACCAGGCAUCUGAGGAGGGAUUCCCUUUGAUCGAACUCCCUCAGGGCACACAGAAACGCCUUGCUUGGAUACCGAAGCUGGAUAGCGCUUCUUUAGCAGCCUGGAACAAAGUCAAUGUCGAGAUCUUGGUCUACGCCUCAGCCGGCACCUCGGGAAGCCUUAUUCGACUGCUCAAGUCUCUGUCGGCAGCGGAUUUCACCGCUUGUGCUGUUCCGCACUUGACCAUCGAGCUUUCUCACGAUAUUGAUGCCGCUACGACUCAAUAUCUGCAGAACUUCCAGUGGCCGCCUUCCCGAGCUUAUAACCCGACCCAUGUUAGUCAACUGACUGUUCGCCACCGUAUACCGCGUAAGAGCUUGACGGAGGAAGAGAGCUCAGUGCGAUUCCUCGAGUCUUUCUGGCCCUCCAACCAGCACUCUCAUGUUUUGGUUCUCUCCCCGAAUACCGAGUUGUCCCUUAGUUUUUAUCACUACCUCAAAUACGCACUCCUUGAAUACAGCUACUCCGUCCCCGCCACCAUGCAACAAUGGGACUCUCGCCUCCUCGGUAUCAGUCUAGAGCUUCCCUCGACGCACCCAGGCGAUGCCCUUAAACCCUUCAGCCCGCCCUCUGCCUCCAAGAAAGCUGCUACCGCACAACAAAAACAACAACAAAAGAAAACACCCACUAAUACCAACACCCCGUUCCUCUGGCAAGCCCCCGGCAGCAGCGCCAUCCUCUACAGCGGCCAAAAGUGGAGGGAACUCCAUAAUCUCGUGUCCAAAUCACUCGAAUUUGCCCAUCAUCAACAACAUGAUAGCUCUACCAACACUGCUUUAACCUUCUUCACCCAAAAACAAAUAAGUAAGCACUACCCCUCCUGGCUCGAACACGCCCUCCGUCUCGCCCGCGCCCGCGGCUACUUCACUCUUUACCCUAGCCCGCAGACGGCGAGGAACCUGGCGACCGUGCAUAACGAGCUUUAUCGGGCGCCGGAGGAGUACCGCCAGGACGACCACCUGGGGGGGACAGAACCAAAAUACCGACAACAGAAGGACGAAAUCAGCCUCUCCCCGGGUUUGCUGCUGGAUAGCUUACCCACCGGAGGCAACCUCUUGCCCUUUGGUGACAUGCCGUUGCUGGAUUGGGAGGGAAGGACGACAAGCUUGGCAGAGGUGGAUAAGAGGGCAGGGGAAUUUGUGGACAAGUUUAGGAGGGCGGUGGGUUGUGGGAAGUUGGAGAAGGGGAAGAGUCAAAUAAAUGAGGGUGAGAAUGAGGAGGAUGAGGAGUAUGAAGGGGAGAUUUUGGUUAGCGGGGUUAGGAGGGGAGGGGUGGAGGAUUUGUUUUGUAAUAGGUGA